AGCGUGGCUCCCAGCCUGACUUUGGGACUGUUGGGGGGAUGACCGCAUGCGGCUGGCGCACGCCUCCCAUGUACCAGGGUUCUCCUGGGACUCCUGGGCGCAUGCGCAUGGAGCCCAGGGUGCACCCGCCCGUAACCGCUGUAGCGGCAACGCGCCCGGAGGCUUUCGUGCAGGUUUGCCGCUGGCACCCUGCGGACUCUGGCGCCGAGACGAGCCGCGCCAGCCCGGGGCCGCCCCGGCCGGUCAGCUCCGUGCCCACCCCAAGCCCAGGGCGGCUCCGACCAGCCUGCUCAGUGCCCACGCCGAGCCCAGGGCGGGGGCCCAAUUUGAACCAGCGGGAGCCGCAGCUGCCGCUGAGGUUCUCCAGUGAGCCGAACCGUCACGAGCUGCAGCAAUACGUGGCCCAGCGGGUGGCCCAGCGGAAGAUGGAGCACGUGCCCUCGGAUGGGGACCUCUCCGCUCUCACCCCGACCUCCCGGAAGGACGCCUGCGCGGAGUUGCUGGAGAUGUUGGGCGCCAUCGCCGCGGCCGCGCGGCGCCAGACGGCGCAGGCGGCCAAGGUGGCCCAGGAGCGGAGCCUGGCACAGGAUCGCCUCGCAGACUGUGAGGCCAAAGCGGCCGUCUCCAAGGAAGAGCUGGGCGCGGUGCACGCGGAGCUCCGUGAGGCCGAGGCCUUGCUCCGGGAGAGCCAGGCAGAGGCCCUGGCUGCCAAGGCGGAGGCCCGGAUCAAGGCAGAACGCUGGGAGGAACAGGAGCUGCUGCAGUUGCGCGCGGAGCUCCAGGAGGAGCAGCGCCUCUCCGAGCAGCGGCAGGCGGAGCUGCUGAGACUCGCCCGGGAGGCACAAGAGCAGAAGGACCGAGAUCAGCAGCAAAAGGAGCAGAUUGCAGAGCUCAAGGAGCGCCUGCAAGGGUUCUACGAAGAGCAGAACCACCACCAGGUCGCGCAGCUUAUUCAGGCAGCUGCUCAGGAGGUGAACCUGCUGCCCAGAAGGGACAGCACUUGCAGGCAGUUGUUCUCCCCGUCGCUGCUGACCCCAGCAUCAGAGUCCACAGGGAGCACUUUUGUUUUCGAGGAGCCGGCCCCAAGUGUUCCACUACCAGUGCUUCUCAACAAUGCCGCGGAGGCAGCUUGCGGUGCGGGCGCUUUGGUUUGCUCACCCUUGUCUGCCGCGCCCAGCCUGAAAUCUGGUGUACAGAAGCCCCGGUCCUCCUUGGUCUCCUCCCUGGCCCCCUCUUCCGGGGAAGUCGUGAUGCCCAGCCCUACAGAGAGCGCCACCUCUGCCCCUGCGCGUUUGAGCGAUGCGCCCCGGCCCUUUGUGCGGCCAGGCACCCGCGGCGCCUCCCCAGGUGCCUCGUUGUAUUGCCUCAGCAGCAGCGCCAGCUCGCUGCCUCAGCGCAGCCGCAGCGGCACGCCCCACGACGAGGCACCGCCCGUGGGCUGCGUGGCCGAGAAGAUCAUCUUCUUCGACAGGCACACGCCCUCGGAGCCCAAAACGCGGCCGCAGCCCACACAGCCCGUGCCCACACCCCUGGGCCGCCACUUGCUGCCACGCGCGUCCAGCCCCCGGGCCUCUCCCACCAAGUGCCGCCGCCGGCUGUCAUAUCCUGAGGUGCAAGCCUGAGUCAAAGAUUCAAACUUAGAGCGCCAGCGCACCGCAGUAAAUGACAUGCCUGCACAUAUAUGGGU